GUCAUAAAGUUUGAUGUCCUGCCCAAAGUUAAGACUAGAGUGGAGCAAAACUUUUUUUUUUUUCUUAUGGAGUGAACUGCGGAGAUUUGUUGUCCGGACUGCGACUCUGUCUUGUAAAGAAUAUUCCCUAAUACCUUCAGCUUAGCUGAAACACAGAACAAGUGAGAGUCUUCCAGCCAAUAAGUUGUUUUUCGUCUUUAGUGACUGCGUCUGCGUUUUUUUUUUUUUUUUGGAAAACUCGGGGACGGAUGACAAGAGAGAUUCCAGUGUGUAGGAGAUAUGCGCUUUGUUAAAUUCACAAGUAUGCUCUCCAGCAGGAAAACGCUGUCUUUCACUACAGAUUUCGACAGCUAACACACUUUGGAACAACACCAAGUACUCUGCUGUAAAACCUUAGAAUGACUCGGGAUAACUUUUACUGACUGUCGUCGAGAUUUCCAGAUUUCCUGCUGCGUAAAAAAAAAGUUUGGGACUGGCUCAAACUUAUUUUUUGAAUUGCUGAACGCGUCAUUUUCGGACACAAAGUUGGCAGAGGUUUUGGGGCAAUGGAUCCGAGCCAGCAUAACCCUCCUGCGGGACACCAGAUCGUCCAUGUACGGGGUGACUCUGAGACCGACCUGGAGGCGCUUUUUAACGCCGUGAUGAACCCGAAAAACACUAUCGUGCCCCCUUCCGUACCCAUGAGGAUGAGGAAGCUGCCAGACUCUUUCUUCAAACCUCCUGAACCAAAGCCCCACUCCAGACAAGCCAGCACUGAUGCUGGGAGCGGCGGAGCGCUCACCCCUCACCAUGUCCGUGCACACUCGUCCCCGGCCUCCCUGCAGAUGGGAACUGUUUCUGGUGGUUCCCUGUCUGGUAUGACCUCCGCAGGUGCCUCUCCUCAACAUCUCCGUCAGUCCUCUUAUGAGAUUCCUGAUGACAUGCCCCUGCCCCCGGGGUGGGAGAUGGCCAAGACCGCCUCCGGCCAGAGAUACUUCCUUAACCACAUUGAUCAGACCACCACUUGGCAGGAUCCUCGCAAGGCCCUGCUCCAGAUGAACCAGGCUGCCCCGGCCAGUUCUGUGCCAGUCCAGCAGCAGAACCUUAUGAACCCAGCCAGUGGUCCUCUCCCUGACGGCUGGGAACAAGCUGUUACAUCAGAGGGAGAAAUUUACUACAUCAACCACAAGAACAAGACCACAUCCUGGCUGGACCCACGACUUGACACACACUACGCCCUAAACCAGCAGCGAAUUUCCCAGAGUGCUCCAGUGAAGCAGGGAGGCCAGCUGCCUUCCAGCACCCACAGCGGAGUCAUGGGAAGCAACAACCAGAUGAGACUGCAGCAGAUUGAGAAGGAAAGGUUGAGACUGAAGCAACAGGAGCUGCUUCGGCAGAGACCACAGGAGCUUGCUUUAAGGAAUCAACUGCCUAGCAGUAUGGAUCAAGAUGGCAGCACGAACCCCGUGUCUUCCCCUAUGGCCCAGGAUGCCCGGACCAUGACUGCCAACAGCUCUGACCCAUUCCUCAACAGUGGGACCUACCACUCUAGGGAUGAGAGCACAGACAGCGGCUUGAGUAUGAGCAGCUACAGCGUCCCUCGCACUCCAGAUGACUUCCUCAACAGUGUGGAUGAGAUGGACACAGGGGACCCGCUUCCACCCUCCAUGGCAACACAGCCUAGUCGUUUCCCCGAUUACCUGGACGCCAUCCCAGGAACAGACGUAGACCUGGGCACCCUGGAGAGUGACAGCAUGGCAGUGGAGGGCGAGGAGCUGAUGCCCAGUCUGCAGGAGGCCCUGAGCUCUGACAUCCUCAACGACAUGGAGUCUGUGCUGGCAGCUACCAAGAUCGACAAGGAGAGCUUCCUCACAUGGCUAUAGAGGACCCGAGCAGGGUGUGCCUUUCUCCUCUCCGUACACUCUGAACUGCUGCCUGCUCCUGUCUGUGAAGGAGUCCUAGAUGCUUUUACAACACAUUUCAGCGAGCCCUUCUGGACUUCUCUCUGUCUUGGCUUGUAAGGCCACCCUCUUUUGAGGUAGUAUUGUUCUUUUCACUGCUGUUGUCUCCUUAUUUUGUCUGUGUCUUCAAGGCUGGCCCAUGAACAGACAAUUACACAAGGGUCCCCAAAUCUUUCACAGGUGUCUCAGUAAAGGCAUAUUUACCCAGAGGAGGGGUCUCUCCUUCCCCUGUUCUCCCCUCAUAGCUAAACUGGGCAGGCGCAUGUACUCUUCUGCAAGGACUGCCCUCAUCAGUUGUUGCCUUGAGUUUCUGGUUCCCCUUUUUCCUGCAGUAUAACGUGAAGCAGCACUAAUUAGCUGUGUUUGACAUUAUUGCAUCUUGCUCAAGUAGCUUUAUAUUUGGCCUUGUAAGUUGUUAUUCUUUUGUCUUCAACAAGCCUGAUAAACCAAAAAUGAUGUAUUUGAAGCAUAAAGAACAAUACUGAUUUGGAGUAAAGGUAAUGUUAGGCCCAGUUCAGACAUGCUGGCUUUGCUGGGGUGGGGGAUUGGGGGUCUGAGCCCUGGGACCGAAUACAUUGCUGCUUGGCUGUGCCAGCGAGUCUAAGUUAAACAUUUGAUAGAUCAAGUGCCUACUAUAUUUUUUGAGACAAGAGAAACAAAUUUCUAAUGAGCAUUAGGCUGCAUUUACUGUAUACACACCAGCCACACUUCUAGCUAGUGUUCAGUUAUCCUGCUUUUUGUUUUGUUUUAUAAACAUUAUAAGGGGAUUUAGGUAAUUUUUUAACCCUAGCUUCUUUAUAUUAUCUAAAUCUAAUUCAUCAUUCAUUCUUUAUCUUACAUUUUUUUAAUAUUCUUUUAUUUUUAGGUUACUACAUAUGUAUGAUAGCGUAGAUUUCUUUACUAGAUGAACUAAUGCAUCUUUAUCAGGGCCGACUGUUAUUGCAACACCGAGGAAAAGUCUGCCAAGGCCUGUCGAUUCAGUGUUUUGGCUUGUUGUUUUUUACCAUCUAGCCAAUGCUUCGUUAGGCUCUGAUUAACUCUAUAACAUAAUUGUGUGAUUGUCUGCUUGUUGAUCACAUGCAGCUUUUUACUUAUUCCUAAACAAUAACCAAAAAGGCAGAUCUAUCGGUUGACAUGAAACUACAGCUGUUUGAUCAAUCAGUACACAACAGUGUUUGAAAGUGCCUUCCUAAAGAGGCCUGUGAACCCUCCGUGCCAUGCUGCACUGUGUGUUGAAACAAAGGCUUUACAGACUUCAGCUGGGACAAGUUUAAGCAGGUUUAAGAGUCAUGUCGAGGGUUAGUGUUGAAGACUAAGGUUUGACUGACAGCAGUGAUUUGCGCAGAUCAAUUUGCUUUUGUGGCGUAAUAAAUAAAAAAAAAUAAACAGCUAUUUUCUCAGUCAGGAAUAGUUGUGGCAGAUUCCAAAGAUGUCUUUUUAGUGACACUAAUACUUAUUUUCAGAGCCUAGAAACUAUGACUGGUAAAUCAGCAUCUGUAGGAACAAACUGUAUAAGCUAAUGGCGUGUUUAUGUUCAUGGACAUGUCUGACGAGGUCUAGCUAAGAGAGUAUUUGACAAGAUGGUUGUUCUGAGUGACUAAAGGAGAAACAAGUGAUUCUUCUCAGUAGUUUACAGACUGAGAACCUGCUCCAGCCACAGUGGACACAAUACACUGACAAUUCUCUCAAUCACAUGACGUUGAUGUUUACACCUUAGUAGAUUUUUUAAAAUCACUGCAGUAACCUUUGAAUAAUGGUUGGUUUAGGCCUUGCAGGAUUUGGAUGCUGAUUUUGUUGCCAGCUCGCAUUAACUUGAUGGAACAAUGAUUUUUUAAGAUCAGUGAAAUUAACUGCUUUUUUUAUUCCGAGCGAGACACCUCAAGUUUUGAUUUUACUGAUCAUUAAAUUGUGUUUGAUGGAGUUCAGAUGGAUAAAACCAUCUUUGUGAGAACAAUGCAACUAAAACAAGUAGAACACUAAAGUGCUCGUAUUGAAUGGCUACUGAGUUUUCAAUAUGAUGCAUAAUACUUUUUGUCACCAAACGUAUUUUAUGCUUAGUGUGUAACUGUGCAGGUUAGCAUAUUAGGUGUUGACUGCUAUUGUAGCUAAUCACUUUGUAUUUAGCUUUCUAAAUGCACAUUAAAUGAAUUUAUAUUUAGUAAUGAUUUGUUCUUUUUUUUGAUAGAUAUGUGCAUGUGUUUUAGAACAAAUUCUCUGUUACAUUA